AUGCGUUGGCGCGUAUACGCACCGCUGCCAGUCAGCCACUAGUACGUCCCAAUCUGCCGUACUGAGAUGAUUCUUGCAAUUCGUCUCCAGAUUGCGAUGGAUGUGCCAGCGGCAGAAGAGGUGCCGUGCCGUUGGAAAGACCUCUUCUAUAGCGUUCAUGAGAGCACGAUCUUGGUCUGUGAUGAUGGUAACGGGGCUGCGAUCGCCGAGAGCAAUGCGCAACUGGCGCAGUGCCCAUUCGUAGUCUGCCUGCUGCUCUGA